AUGCAAAGCCAUCAUGAUGGCCUUGAAACUCACUUCGGCUUCCACUGGCAUGCCCCGGUCGUCAUGGUCUCCUCUCUCCUGGUCGGUACGGGACUAGCUGCGGGACAUCAUGCUUUCUAUUCCUCUCUGACUGGCUCUGCUGUCAGCUCAAAUCCUAUCAAUGUCGUGGGCUGGACGACUACCCAGCAGCAGAUCAACAUUGCUAUCGGAACCGCCUUCGCUUUCCUCGUGAAAGCUAGCUUGAUUCUAGCUUGCAGUACGGCCUACAUGCAAUUACUUUUCAGGGCCAUCAACCGAAAGAGUUUCAAGCUGAGCACUUUAGACAACUGGUUCGGAGGGUUGAACGAUCUCUGGAGCCUCGGAUGUCUCGCAAGCUAUUGGAGAUAUCCGUUGGUAACGCUCGUUGCCUUGACUUGUUGGUUACUGCCUAUUGCGGCAAUCAUCAGUCCAGCCAGUUUGAGCGUUGUGUUCGAUCAGGUCCAUCCAUCUCCAGUGCUGAAUGUAAUUGUGCCACAGCCGGCAUUGGACAGCAUGGCGUUUGGGACAUUCUACGAUCUUCCCGACGACAACGGGUCGCAAAGAUUCAGCCAGAUGGGUCCGAAUAACGAGGUCUCGCGGAUUGCCUACGCAGCAGCAGCGGCCGGAAACAUAUUAUCCAUUGAUCCACCAGGCGUAAACGCUACGUGGAACCUUGAUCUUGAUGCUCCCAGAUUCUCUUGUAGCCCUCUGGAGGCCGACGUGCUGAGAGACGUCAAAUCAAACCUGAUUGAUGUGUUCAAUAACUACACUGCGAACGGCACGUGGCCGCACAUCACCAACAUCAUGUUCAGCUAUUUGUCCUGGGCAGCCUAUGCAAACGAUACAUCGCCCAUGCCUUUCAAGUGGCGAAGCGCGACCAAUGGCUGGACCCUUCAAGAAGGUAGUACACCGUACUUCUUGGGCGUAGGGGUGGAUCUAUUCUUAACCAUUGUCCCUCGCGCGGAGCUCUCGUUCUUGAGAGGAGACGAGAAUCUGGCAGACCGCCCCUUGAAUCUAAGUGCUGUUCGCAAAGGCGAUCGAGCAAUCGCCGAGGACAAAGCGAUUCUCAUUGAUUGGUAUUUUGAUACCGCUACCACACUGCGGUGUAGAGCGAUUCCGACGACUUACCGCCUCAACUUCGAAUAUGGAGGGGCUCACGACCAACAUGUCCGGAUAGAAUCUGCCACAGACGCCGUCGAGCCCGAUUGGAACUCAACAGUCUUCUAUACCAAUGGACAUUCGGAUCAACUCUCUAUCUUCACGGACAAUGAACGUGAUACCAAGAACAUCACCUCGCUCGCGGCCCGAGCGCUAAGGCUAAGCUCAUACUCUGCCAUCCAGCAGGCGAUGAUGAAUCUGCUGCUCGGGGCUGGGAAUUCAGAUUCCAAAGCACAAGGCAAGGCUCGAAUGAUGACGGAUAGGGGCGUGAUGUGGACAUCCCAGACGCAGGUUUUUGGUACCGUACUGGGUAGUAGCACCAUAGAGAUGCAUGCUCUGGGCCAAGGAUUGUCCAACGGCUACAACAUGACGUUGAACGACUCCGGGACCGCCUUGGACCAAGCAGUCAGCCUACUCCCAUCAAUCCCAGAUCGCCCACGGCGGCCCUUCAAAGACGCCCUCGAAGAACUCUUUUUCAACAUCACUAUCUCCAUGGCAAGCUCAUCAAUGCUGACGUACAACUCCACAAGCCCGCUCGCGCCCACAUCUACCGAUGUCACGCUGAAGAUCUUCACCAACGUCUAUUCAUAUGGUUCGGACAAGCUUUGGUUGGCAUAUGGAAUUGCAAUUGGAGUGACGACGCUGAACGUUCUUGUUGGGUUGUGGGCGAUAGUUCAAACUGGUGCCUCCUUUACCGCCAACUUCUCAACGAUUGUCCGCGUAGCCAAGAACGCGGUGAUAGAAGCAGAUAUGCGGGAGACCAGAUUGCCAGGGAGAGAUCCCUUGCCCAAACGCCUCGCAAAGGCAGAGAUUCAAUUGCUGGAAGGUGAAGGUCUGCUUGGGAUGAAGCGACAUGAAUCUGAAGAGUCGAUACAGCAAGUACAUGUGGUUGGUUAUGCACCGCCAAGGCUAGAUAGUUUGGGAUGGAGAUAG